AGUCACACUUUUUCAUAGUUUGGCUUGUCCUACGACUUACAGUGUGCGACUUAUGUAUCAAAAUAUAUAUAGUUUAACAUGUUUUUAAACAUUAAUUCAUACUGGAUGACAUGAACCGAGAAGUAAUCAUUACAGUCUACAGCAAGGAGAGGUUAUGUGUUGCUCCUGUACCCCUGAAAAAAUUAACUGAGAAAGACUGAACACAAACAAAAUGCCGCAGAAACGAAAAUCCUAUUCUGCCGAUUACAAACUGCAAGUAGUCAAAUAUGCAGCCGCGCACGGUAAUCGAGCAGCAGAAAGAAAGUUUGGAGUGAGUGAGAAACUUGUGAGGGACUGGCGAAAAAUAGAGGCUGCUCUUUCUGCAAUGAAGAAGACAAAGAAAGCUAAUCGCGGGCUGAAACCGAGAUGGCCAGAGCUGGAGGAACGAGUCCAAAAAUGGGUGUUUGAACAACGGGCUGCCGGGAGAGGCGUGUCACUGGUGCAGUUACGUCUCCACGCCGUGGUAGUUGCCAAGGAGAUGAAAUUAAAGGACUUUGCAGGCGGGCCUUCUUGGUGUCAGCGCUUCCUGCAACGCAACCACCUCUUUAUUAGAGAACGGACGUGUCAGAAACCGGCAGCAGACGUUCAAGCCAAGGUCGACAGUUUCCAUGAGUUCGUUGGAAAGCAGGUUUUUAAACUCAAUGCCCUUGGCUGCUGCCCGAUUCUUUUUUUUGGACGUCGGGGCCGCAACGGGGAGGUUUCCGGGGACAUAGUCCACCACAUCGCUCUGACUGAUGGGGAUGUCCAGGAUACAGUGAAGGAAAUGAGGAGACUCUAUGACCACCUCCUGAAAUGUUUACCUAUGGAUGUCCAGCAAGUGAUUGCUGGGGAAGAACAUCAGCUGGAGUCAAGCUCCAGUCUGGAACAGGAGGACCCAGAGCCCCCGCAUAUUAAAGAGGAACAAGAGGAACUCCAGGCCAAUGAGGCUAAAGUGCAGCUUCAAGGGCUGGAGGAGGUUGAUAUCACCAAGUUCCUAUUCACUCCCUUCCCUGUGGAGGAAAAAGAUCAGCAGGAGUGGAGCUCCAGUCCAGACCCAGAGGACACAAAGCCCCCCCACAUUAAAGAGGAACAGGAGGAACUCCGGGUCAGUCAGGGUGAAGUGCAGCUUCAAGGGCUGGAGGAGGUUGAUAUCACCAAGUUCCUAUUUACUCCUGUCCCUGUGAAGAGUGAAGAUGAUGAAGAACCACCUCAGUUCUCACAGCUUCAUCACAGACUAACUGAAGAGAUAAAAACAGAAGCUGAUGGAGAGGACUGUGGAGGACCAGAACCAGCCACGAACUCUGAUCCAGAUUGGAAUUCUGAUGAUGAGACUGGAGAUUCUUCUGAACCUGAGACAGAUGACAGUAAUGAUUGGAAGGAGACCAGAGACCCUCAGUCAGGUUUAAACUCUCUGAAUGAUAAUGAAGAAUAUGGCAGUGAUCUGAGACGUAGUACUGGUGGGAGAGAGUGUGGAAAAAGAUCUGGUGCCAGUGGACAUCUGAGAUCUCAUGCAGGAGAGAAAACAUUUAGCUGCUCCUCUGUAACAAAACUUUUAGAGUGAGUGGAAGUUUAAAGAAACACAUGAGAAUCCACACUGGAGAGAAACCCUUCAGCUGCUCAGUCUGUAAGAAAGCCUUUACAGAGAGUGGAAAUUUAAACAU